CAGAAAUAUAAACUAUAUUAUGACCACAGCGACAUGACACAAACACUCAAAGCAACUUAUCCCUACCAGUCCACCAUGCUCGUCAAACGUCGUGUCAGGGCUGACAGACCCAAACUCACUCGCCUUCUCGUCAUCGCAAGCAGGCGUUUAGACUAUGGAGGGGACGUUACCAUUCGACAGGUCCAUACGCGACAUAUCCGGAAGCGAUUCCAGGGAAGGCACGACACAAGGCCCGCUGCCCUGUGCCGCCCAUCAGAUUGCAAAGAAUGUACUCAAUCAUCCAUCAUCAUAUCAUAGUCAUCACAUAUAACCUUUGCGAUGCGGCAGUGGAAGAUUCUCUCCCGGCGAUCGUGUUUCACUUUUGUAUUAACUAAAAAAAUAAGCUAGUCUGACUCUAACGGUUAAAGUAUGAAUAUGA